ACGUCGAAGCUUCUUCUCUGUUUCUCCUUUUUCUUUCUUUUCUUGCUUACAUACAUACAUUCCAUUUUAGUCUUUACACAUCUUUGAAAACUUCAUCAAUCGCAUUUCUCAUUUCAUAACCAAAUCGUACUCUCAUCUUCUUCUCUCUGAUUCUUCAUCCUUCAGGUUAUCUUAUCAGUUCCGGGAGAUUGCUUUGUAGUACCAGUUAGGAUGCGUGCACCGGCGAUACUUACACAAUGCUUGCCUGGCCUAGUGCCUCAUGAUCGUGGAAGUCUCAGUAUAGCAUCCUCCAUUUUUGAGAAAGAUAUUCAUCUUGCAUCACCGGCAGUGGAAAUUCUUCCUUCAAAGGCUUUUCACAGUGACAAGGAAGGUGGGGAAAAUAUUGACCAUUUUAAGGGAAUAGUAAGUGUUGCUGAUAUCAUAGGGUUCGGUGGUUCAGAGACAAUAUCCUCAAGACAGGAUGGCUAUCUAAAAUCCUGGGCCAGUUCCAUUGAUCUUGUCAGUGUUCUUAAGAAUGAGAUUCGCGAUGGGCAACUGUCCUUCAGAGGAAAAAGAGUACUUGAGCUCAAUUGUAGCUAUGGACUUCCUGGAAUCUUUGCUUGCUUGAAGGGAGCUUCCAUGGUGCAUUUUCAAGAUCAGAAUGCAGAGACUGUAAGAUGCACAACUAUGCCAAAUGUCCUUGGUAAUCUGAAGCAGGCUCGUGAUAGGCAGAGUCGGCAGCCAGAAACUCCUCUUACUCCUUCGAGACAGACUCUGGCACCAUCAGUUAACUUUUAUGCUGGGGACUGGGAUGAACUACCAGCUGUAUUGUCUACUGUGAAAAAUGAUGGAUAUGAAGUGACACCUGGAAUGAGUUUGAGCUUCUCCGAGGAAGAUUUUUUGGAUGGAUGUAGUAGCCAAGAAGGCAGCAUCAUUGGACAUGAAUCUAGUUCAAGAAGGUCUAGGAAACUCUCGGGUAGUCGAGCAUGGGAAAGAGCUAAUGAGGCAGGGCAAGGGGAUGGUGGCUAUGAUAUUAUUUUAAUGACGGAGAUUCCGUACUCCGUUACCUCUUUGAAGAAGCUGUAUGCUCUCAUUAAGAAGUGUAUAAGGCCACAAUACGGAGUCGUAUAUCUAGCUCCAACAAAGAAACACUAUGUUGGCUUUAGUAAUGGAGUGAAACAGCUGAGAAAUCUGGUAGAUGAGGAGGGAAUUUUUGGAGUUCAUCUAGUUAAGGAUUUGGCUGACAGAGAUAUCUGGAAGUUUUUUCACAAGUGAACAAGAAUGCAAAGAUCAGAUAUAUUAAACUUCAGUGGAAAAACAAAUCUAGAUAACAUUCAUACUUUUAUACUCUGAAUCACAAACAUUCUUUUGUUUUUUUAAUUUUUAAUUUCUCCAUUUUCUUAUAGCUUAGUAAUAAAGAAGGUUUGAAGUUUUAGAAUUAGCAUAAUCUGUGCAAAACUGUCUCAUUAGACUCUUUUGACUCAAGGAUUGGAAUUGUAGUAAAAACUUUAUAUUCAAUUAAAUACGAUAUUCUUUUUUA